AUGCCCGCUCAAACGACCUUAUCCAGCGACGACAAGUCAAAGAUCAAGGCUGCCGUACCUAACUCCUUCAACAAGAUAUCCUAUGCGGCUCUCGCACGGAUAUACUAUGCAUAUCCCCAGCCCGACUCAUGGUCCUAUGCAGGAUUGCAGGGUGGACUGGUGAUAGUCAAGGAUAACAGUCGCAAUGCAUUCUACCUUCGAAUGGUGGAUCUGAUAGGAACGCGAGGAGUGAUGUGGGAGCAUGAACUCUACGAGGGUUUCGACUACUUCCAGGACAGGCCAUUCUUCCACACAUUCGCUGGUGAUGAAUGCAUGAUUGGGGUUGCGUUUUCUGACGAAAAUGAAGCGAAGACGUUCUUCAAGAAGCUCACGGGCCGGAAGAUGGGCGGAGAGAAGUCCAAGUCUUCAAGUAAAAAGAAAACAGUGAAGGGCGGAAAGAUCGACAAGUCCAUGAUUUCCGGCCCCACCGCAGGCUCUUUUAAACAUGUUGCACACAUGGGGUAUGAUGCUCAGAAGGGCUUCACCUCAACAAAUGUCGACCCGUCGUGGCAGGAUUUUCUCAGUCAGCUUGAGGGUCAAGGCGUGUCGCGCGAUGUGCUGGAGCAGAACAUGGACUUUAUUAAGGACUUCGUCCGCGACGCGCAGAAAAAUGUAGCGCCUCCAGUUCCUCAAGCCAAGAAGAAACCUCCGCCACCACCGGCGCCGCGACGCACGUUGCACGAGAAGCAGGAGAGUAUUACGUUCACACCACCCCCGGCUCCGUCCGCACCUCCUCCUGCACCGCCGUCGCGUGCGCCGCCAUUUCCUCGUAGUGUUCCGCCGCCUUCUCCUCAACCUCCGGCGGCUCCUACAGUGCCCCCACCCGCGCCUCCUACGGUACCUCCACCGGCUCGGCCGUCAUUCGCGGCUCCGCGCCCUCCACCCCCUCGAAGUCGGCCACCUACUCCCCCUGUCCCUGCGGCCCCUGCUCCCCCUGUGGCCGCUGUUCCCCCUGCUCCCCCUGUUUUCUCUGCUCCUUCUGUUCCCUCUGCUCCUACUCCUCCGCCCCCUCGUCCGGCCCCAGUACCACCGGCACCACUUCCUCCGCCUUCUCGGCCUUCAGCUGCACCUCCCGCCCCUCCUCCUGCUCGCCCGGCUCCACCCACUGGAGGGGCGCCACCACCACCGCCUCCGCCUCCACCUCCCGCUGGACACGGCGCGCCUCCCCCACCCCCACCUCCUCCACCUCCCGCUGGACACGGAGCACCGCCACCGCCUCCACCGCCUCCACCUCCUCCACCUCCAGUCGCAGGCGGCCCUCCACCGCCUCCCCCUCCCCCUCCCCCUGGAGGUGCCCCUCCGCCCCCUCCACCUCCACCUCCGCCUGGCGGUGGAGGUUCUGCUCCCCUUCCUGCACCUCAGCAGGGACGAGAUGCCCUCUUGGCGUCGAUCCAGGGCGCAGGCGUCCAUAUACUCCGUCAUCGGAGUGACUCAGCUGGGGCAGCGAGAUCUACGUCCCCGCCUGCCUCUGAAGAACCCGCCCCAUCUGGCGGAAGCGGAGGCGGAGGCGGAGGGGACUUGACCGCUGCUCUUGCUGCCGCGCUACUGGAGCGAAAUAAGAAGUUGGGAGAUAGCGACGAGGAAGAAGAAGAUGACGAUGAGUGGGAUUGA